AUGUGCAAAGAUAACUUUGAUCGCUAUGAUUUACUUGAUGACUUUGUUGUGCGUCGAUCGGAGUGGGCGUGGGCGUUUCUCAGCUUAGGUAAUCUCGAAGAGGCCAAUCGUUUGGGUGCGUUGAAAAACGAUAUAACGGUCUGGGCUGCGUCGCUUGCGCUUUCUGGUAAAUGUGAAUAUGCCUUGCUUGCCAUAGAGGUCUAUAUUGUGUCUACAUGCCAGAUUGUAAGUGAACUUAUUGAGGAAAGCAAUCAAAACAAGCUGAUUUCUCUAACUGAAGGGUCAAUGCUCCAGAGACACAAUCUUGUUAUGGCAAAAUGGUUGACCACACGCAAAAAGUGCGGGAUCUUCGAUCAGAAAAAAACCAAGGACUUGCCACUUGAAUCCUAUUCAGAUUUAUCUUCAAAUUCUAGUUUCAACGAUGGGAAGUUCUAUCAGUCAAACCUUGACGACACUUUCUCGAAGUACCAGCGCGUUAUUGAGGUGGUGAUGCAAUUGGUAAGCUGGCAGGAUCUCCAUCUUUGGUAUAUAAUCGCCUUGACUCUCCUGAACGAUGUUGAUGCCUCGGAGCCGUACUCGGUGCCCGUAAAUAAUGUUUGGUUUCGCAAUUUUUUUGCAUUUCCUUUCAUCAAACCUGACAAAACGAACUAUGAAUCCGAACAUACUUUUGGUGUUACCGAUACAGGACAGAUAAUGCAAGAGAAGGCUCUCGAAUUUCUCCUUUCGCAGUGCAGUGAAUGGGAGGUGUUUUUGGUGUCUGCCUUCACUGCGUUCUACACGCAGCGUUAUCGCACUAGUAUAGAAUUUGCCUCGCGUUUUUUGAAGAUGAUCCCUUUGAAUCCGAAGGACCAACCCCAAUCGUGCGAUUUCGCAGUACAAUUUCCCGAAAAGGAGUUUUAUCGCAUCUCCAUGGUUGCGAUUCGGUGUCAAGCCUUACUUGAGCUUGGGUCCCGGCCCGAGGCUUCGGAGGAUAUUGUUUCCCUCAUGCAGGUUGACAUUAAAGCAAAAGGCACCCCUUCUGAGUAUGUCUCCGUGUUUGGCUGCGCGCUGGCUCUCUACGGAAUGCCUCUUCACGACUCGGUAGAGCCUUUAAAUCGCUUCCUCAGCCUCGCCUCCGAUAAGGCCUCGAUCCCCCUCCUACCAGCCCAGGUCCAUGUUCUUUCCACCGCCUAUUACGUCCACGCCCUCACUUUAUUGCAGCUUGGGCAAAUGGAUCAGACGAUUGUGAUCGCCAAUGCGGGCCUUCACAUCGCCUCGUCCCAACAUUUGAAGGAGGCUUUCAAGGAAAUUAUCCUCCGGGCCGCGGUGGCGCGAGAGGAUUCGACAACCAUUUUGGAAAUGUCGAUCAAGGCGCCGCACCAAUUAGUUUAUCUCUCUCUUUGCCCCGCCUUUUCCGGUGGAUUAUCGCCCAUGGGGGUAUAUGCGAAGCGCGGCACCCCCGUCUUUCGUCAACUUUACCCCACCAAACUUCCAUUUUACGCGAGCACUCGUCAGCUGCUGCCCUUUUACAUGAAUAAAGCUUAUUCUUUAUUUCACCACCACUGCUAUGCGGAGACGUGGAGUGCGGUAUGCUGUGCGGUCGACCUCGCAGAUGAGAUUGUGGGGUCCACCGAGUUUGCCUUCACUCCAUGUUUUCCGCUCCAUGUGUAUUACUACGCGUGCAAAGUUGGCUUCGACACGUUGGAGUACGUCCUGGAGAAUGAUAUUAAAAAAUCUCUCGUCAGUGGGGACCACAGCCUCACUUCGAAUUUUCCGUCCUUUAACGGGCUUCAUCAGAUCCAAUCGAGAAGAGAUCGAUCCAAGGCCGUAACCUAUUCAUUCGAUGGAAGUACCGGGGAUAACUUCACUAAUCUUUUUGACAGUGAAGCCUGCGUUCAGAUUAUUGACCUCUGUCGACAUUGUGUGCAGCAAAUUUAUGCGCACUACCCCCAUUCCGUGCUUGGCGACGUCACGGUCGCACGGGUGGCGGUUAUGAGCCACGAACCCAAUUACAUUUCAAAAGCCAUGAUGGUAUCACGUCGUUAUCCUAAAAUCAUUCUUGCCCAAACUACCUGGGCCCUGGCUCUUUUUUUUCACAAUAAUAUCUCUAAUGCGAUGGAUGUCUCACAUAAGAACUUUCAGGAUUUUCCCCACUCAAACGAGGUGGUAUGCACCCAAAAGUGGAUGGGGCUCAAAGGAAUAACAUAUACCUUUUACUACCGCACCAUUCUCCCUGUGGAGUAUGGUCCUGGAUCAUCGAACAGGCGCUUUACCAAACGAUUUAUCGCCACUAUUGUCUUGGUCACCAUAAACUGGAUUAUCUAUAUGAUCAUGUUCAUCGUCAACCUGACACCCUACCAAUCUUUCAUUGCAUCUGAAACUUUAGAGGUGAUGCUUAAAGUACCACCCACGUGGACGUUUUUUAUCCCACCAAUAUUUCUUAUCUAUGGUUUGAUUAUGGCUUUCACGUCGAGGAACCUUGUCCAAGCACUGCUUGACGAACUUCACUUCCGCGGGGAUCGCCUCAACCGCUUUAUUUUUGUGAUGCGUAGCGUCGUGAUGUUUAAUUUGGUGAAUGUAAUCCAGAUCACUUCUUCUGAUAAAUGGGUAUUUCCCAAUGACACACUUCUCACGAUGCUUUUCCUGACGUUUGUGAUUACACUGACGAUGCCUUUUACCACUCGGGUGUGGUUUUUGCCAUCGGUUGACGAGCCAAUGAUGGGAAUUCUCCAAUGGGUAUCGGUUUUGAUAACUGACGUCGCCACUUAUGUCUUUGUGUGCAUUCCUCAUGCGAUUUUUGUGGUGUUUGAGCCUUUUAUGGCAAUCGCGUUCUUCUUCGUCGUCCCGUUGGGCCAUUUGGGCUUAGGCAGCGAUACCGCGAGUAUCCGGAGACGGCUGCUCUAUCACGAAAAAAAACGCUACACCCUUCCCCCGCCCGGGGAGGUCGGAAGCGGCAGCUCAUUUAUUUACAUCAAACUUAUGAAACUUCUGUACUACGAAACCCACGUCGCGAUGACCUCCAAACACUUAGAUAAGCUGCAGAUCGAAUCCGAGGGUUAUCGCGCUUUUCCCCUCAUUAAUGAGGCCCUCGCGUUGGACGUCCCGGUCGACCACACCUGGAUUGACCUUCACGUCGUGCAGUUCUUCCUGGCACGUCGCCCCCGCAGCAGAGGCGCCGGGACUAUCGACAAUCCCUUGGCGUGGACGAGGGAAGGUGGUCAAAAGGAGAGUUGGAGGGCUGCUAAAUGGGCCAAAAGCCCCCUUUCGCAGGGCUCCACAUUCCAGCCAUUCCCAUCCAUCCCCCGGCAGGCCUCGAGGUCUUCACUUUACUCGGAGAGCGAGCCCGACCCCUUGAAUGCGGUCGGCAUCCCGAUAGUACAAAUGAUCGAUAAGGUGUUUAAGAUUCAGACAGCGGCCUUCAUGGGCAGCUUUGUCGAUCGCCAAGCACUUCAAUCAUUCUAUAAUUGGAACCACCGAAAGGAGAUGCGUAUUUUUUCGCCAAACUAUGAGCCCAACUCACCCGAUUUCCCUACACUUCGUUCUGUGGAAUCCUUUGUAACACUUAAGGAGUACGCUUCACAACAUUCUGACACCGAAGAAGUUCCUUAUCCUCAACAGGGACUAUUCGGGGUUUGGGCGACAAUAAAGCGCAGCUUCAUAUCGAGGGUUUUGUAUCCGGUGAAAAAGAGGCUGUUUAAAAAAGGUGUUUCUAAUACAAAGAACUCUUCAGGGCCAGGCUCUGAGUGUACGAACAACAAAACAUAUGAAAAAAAUGGAAGACCGGUACCUCCUUCGCAAGCGAAGAUCUUCAAAAGGAAGCCCUCGGAAAUUACCAAGAAGGUCAAGCCUCCAUUUCAAAAGUUGUCGAAAUCCAACGCGCCGAUUUUCGUACUCAAUCAUUGUGAAAUGGUAGGUAGUGAUUCUGAUAGAGAAUCUGAAUACAGUGGACUCCAUCUCCGAAGAAGGGCGGUCAAACCAUCAUCAACGGAAAAUUCAAUUCCUUCGUUAUCGUGUAAUCCAACGCACUUAUCAAGCAAACCAGCGAGGGGGCCUACCUGA